AUGGGGCGCAACAGGUUCCAGGCAAUCCUCGGCAACUUGCACUUCAUCGACAGCCUGCUUUCCCACACCUGCAACCAGGACAAGCCGAAGGCGGAUAAAGACCCCAUGGAACGAAUAAGACCUGUGAGCGACUACCUGAGGGAGAAGAUCCAGCAAGGUUUCAAUCCCCACCAGAAGUUGGUGAUUGAUGAGAGUCUGUGCCUGUGGAGGGGCAAUAUUGGCAUCUGCCAAUACAUACCCAGCAAGCGUCACCGUUAUGGGUUGAAAACUUUCGUCAUGUGUGACUGCAAGUCUGGCUAUGUCCAGGAUGUGCUGUUGUACAUGGGCAGCAAGACAGAGCUCGAGCCUGCCCCUGCCGACAUCCUAAAAGCUGGUGCUGUGGUGUGCACUUUGAUGAAGCCGUACCUGAACGAGGGCCGCAUCUUGUACACCGAUAACUGGUACACGAGCCCCAGCUUGUGUGCAUACCUUGGCAGCGUCAACACUGACUCAUGCGGCACCGUCAGGAGGAACAGGAAGCACCUGCCGCCCUUGCCAUCCGCGAGAGAGGCAGACAGCAAAAUUUACAAGCACGCUAACGGCAUGCUCCUCCUGUCGUGGAUGGACAACAAGGAGGUAAAUGUCCUCUCCACGGUCCAUGAACCUGUCCAGGAACUAGCCCGACGACGUCAGCGUGGUACCGGCAUACGUCUGCAGAAACCACAAGCCAUCAAUGACUACAACGUCAAUAUGCGGCUUGUGGACAAGAAGGACCAGGUCGUUGCAUCAGCUGAGUGUGCACGAAAGACCAUGAGGUGGCAUAAAAAGUUUUUCUUCCACCUCCUCGACCUGGUUCUGUACAACAGCAACAUCGUGUACAAGGAACUGACGGGCAAAGUAGAGCAUCGUGAGGAGUUUUGUACUGAGCUGGCAAGGGAGCUCAUCAUUGACUUCAAAAGGCAGCCCAUUCAACGAGCGCCCUUCGGCAGGAUACAAGACCCAACGAGGGCCAGACUCAAUGAGCGACACUUCAUCGCCCUCAUCCCCCCAACCGAGUUGAAGCCCAAACCCUACCGAAGGUGCCACGUCUGCAGCCACACGACACGGGCCCCAAGAAAGCGCUCUGACACCCGCUACUACUGCAGACACUGCGACGUAGGGCUGUGCAUCACCCCCUGCUUCGAGGACUACCACACAAAGUUGAACUUCUAA